GGUUCAUAAUUAAAUAAGUGUAUUUAUGGGACUUAAUAAUCAGAUAUAGAAAGUGUGUUUAGUAUUGUUGUUUAGUAUUACAAUUAAGCCUGUGGUCCCUUCAGCUUCCGGGGAGACGAGAGAUAAGAGGCGCGAUACACAGAAAGCAAGGCUGAAAGAAGAGAAGGCAACAUGUGGAAGGCUCAGGCAGGAUACCAGGUGGCAGUGGACAAUGGGAAUGAUGAGGAUGACUGGGAUACAGAUGCUGAUUACGUCAAUAACAUGACAGAGGAGCAGCAGCGAUAUGGUACAGAGAGGAACCUGGAUGCUAUUGAUAUGAAAAAGUAUCGAGAGGAAGUAAUCAACUGUGAUGCUGACAACAAGAGAAAGGAGCUGGAGUCUGGACCUAAGGCAUCUUAUGGUUAUGGUGGCAAGUUUGGUGUGCAAAAAGACAGGAUGGACAAGAGUGCAGAGAGCCAUGAGUACGUAGGGCGAGUAGAGAAGCAUGCCUCCCAGAAGGACUACUCCUCAGGGUUUGGGGGCAAGUUUGGGGUGCAGAGUGACCGCCAGGAUAGCUCUGCAGUUGGCUGGGACCAUCUGGAGAAAGUCGACAAGCAUGAGAGCCAGAAAGAUUAUUCAAAGGGCUUUGGAGGCAAAUUUGGCAUACAGAAAGACCGCCAGGAUUCCUCUGCCUUGGGCUGGGACCAUGUUGAGAAGGUUGAGAAACAUGGCUCCCAGAGGGAUUACAGCCAGGGAUUUGGGGGCAAGUUUGGUGUGCAGAAGGACCGUCAGGACAAGGCUGCUGCAGGCUGGGACCACAUUGAGAAGGUGGAGAAACACGAGAGCCAGAAAGACUACUCAAAGGGCUUUGGUGGCAAGUUUGGAGUGCAGAGUGACCGGCAGGACAAGUCUGCAGCUGGUUGGGAUCAUAUAGAGAAGCUGGAGAAACAUGAGAGCCAGAAAGACUACUCCAAAGGAUUUGGAGGCAAGUAUGGGGUGCAGAAGGACCGCCAGGACAAGUCAGCAGCCGGCUGGGACCACAUCGAGAAAGUGGAGAAACAUGACAGCCAGCGAGACUACGCAAAAGGCUUUGGCGGCAAGUUUGGUGUUCAGUCUGAUCGGCAAGACAAGUGUGCUGCGGGCUGGGACCACGUGGAGCGGGUGGAGAAGCAUGAGAGCCAGAAAGACUACAGCCAUGGCUUUGGAGGAAAGUUUGGUGUGCAGAAGGACCGACAGGACAAAACUGCUGCUGGCUGGGACCACAUUGAGAAGGUGGAGAAACACGAGAGCCAGGUGGACCACUCAAAGGGCUUUGGAGGGAAAUUUGGAGUUCAGCAGGACCGCAUGGACUCAUCAGCCCAUAAAUUUGCUGAGCCCCAGGGAGGAGUGGGUACCAACUACCAGCGCACCAAGCCAGAGAUCAAAGGUUCAGAAAAAGCAUCAAGCCUACGAGCACGAUUUGAGAAUCUGGCAGUGGAGGAGGAGAAGAAGAGGAAUGAGCAGGCAGAUUUAGACAAGAAGAAGCGGUUUGAAAUGGACCAGGCUCUUGUACAGAAGGAAAAGGCUAAGUUGGCAGAACUGCAGGAGGAGGAGGCAGCCAAACUCAGGAUGAAGCAUGAAGAAGAGGAGAGGCAAAGGGAACUGAAAAGACAAGAGCAGAUCAGGAAAGCUAGAGAGGAGGCUGCUCUGCCUGAGGAGGAUGCCCAUUACCUUCAGGAUGCUGCUGCUGCUGCUGCUGCUGCUGCAGUCGCUGCCUCCAAUUCCACUACUACUCCUGAACAGGCGGAGCGGGCGGCGGCGGAGGAGGCGGCCUUCAGGGCAGAGAAGGAGCGACUGGAGGCUGAGGUGCGCAGGCAAGAACUCCUCCUAAUGGGCGACACUCCCCAGAGCCCAGUGGUCACCUGUCAAGAGCCAGCUGCUGUGCCCCCAGCUGUUUCUCCUGCACCACCUGCCCCAGCCACAGACGCCCCGCAGGAUGAGUCCAUGGGCAUCACAGCAUUUGCUCUGUUUGACUACCAGGCUGCUGACACAGAUGAGAUCUCCUUUGAUCCUGAUGACAUCCUGACCAACAUUGAAAUGAUUGAUGAGGGCUGGUGGCGUGGCUGGUGUAAUGGCCAGUAUGGACUUUUUCCAGCCAAUUAUGUCCAGCUACAUAGCCCCACGCAGUGAGGUCAGCCGCUCUGGGGGACCCAAGGUCACUCCAGAUAUAGAUGACACACAGCCAAGUGGAUUAGAUGCCCUAGACCACCGCAAUGCCACCUUGGUUCAGCUGAUGGCUGACAGCACAGAGCAUCAAUGUCAGUUGCCAGGAAGGCUUUCAUUGUUGUUGCAAUUGUUGAGGUAGACACUGUAGACUCUUUGUGAUAAAAAUCAGGAAGUUAUUGUUUUUAUAAAGAAGCUACAGUUGCCAAAUUUUUAGCAUAUUUUUAUUACUAUCUCAGCUGAUUGCUGUUUUAAUGCUCAUGAUAACAGGUUUAGGACACUGCUUUGAAUCUUGCUAGGUGGUAAGAUAGAGCAACCUGCCUGCCAGGUAUUAUAUACAAAGUCAUUAAUUAGGAUGGUCUGAUUGCAGCAACUGCUCACACUAGGCAGGUUUUGGCUGUAUUGUCAUCUCUGACUAGGUUUUUUUAAUCUUAUUUACUGAUGUACCUACUUACUGAUUUUUAUUUGGUGCUCUUUUAUUUUGAUGAUGCAGUUAGAGACAACAGAAGCUCUUCACUAUGUAGGUUUGUGCUGCUCUGGUGUUGUCUCUAUCCUGAUUUUUGUUAUUUAGUUAAAUAGGUUUUUAUAUAUGUUUUUAAUAUAUAUAUAAUUUAUCAAAUUGUUGGGGUCCUGCAAUUGAGCUAAUAGAUUAUUACAGUGUGCACAUGUGAUUGUUAAUGAGUGCACAUGGUUGUACCUCCUCACAUGCCUGUAAGUGUGGCAGGUCACACCAAGAUGUGUGUACAUUGGGUGUAUGUGGCUGUGUACAUUUGAGAGCGCAUAUGAUUGCAUUGUAUCAUCAGAGGCUCACACAGAGACGUUACAAAUUUGUGUACUAGUUGCAUUAGGCAAGUAGGUCAUAGUUAUUCAGGAGGAACGCCAGACAAAAAGCAUUUUAAGCAUUACAGUAUUUUGAUUUUUAGACAAUCUAUCUAAGAAACAAUUUGAUACACAGCUUCUUGAAGAGAUGUAAAAUCUUCCAUCCACAAUGGUAAAUGAUCUUUGGAAAGACUAAUUUCAUAUACAGUGGCUAGAAAAGAAUUGAAGCAAACAGCAUGUAAAGACAACUUGUGGUGCAACAAACUCCUGAUACUGUUCUGAUACUUUUCCUCCUCCUCCUUGUCACUUACCUAGCAACCCUGUACUUAGCAUGAAUAGGUAGAUAGAUAAAAGCAUGAAUGUUUAAGUCAUAGGCAAAAUUGGCCAUAUAUCUGUUCACGAUAAUGCAGAUUAAUAGCACCAAUAUAUAUAUACUUCUCCAGAUUUAAUAAGCUCUAGGCAGGUAGGCAUGCACUGUUAAUUUAUUUAUCAGGCAGACAUUUUUCUCUUAAGUGUGAUAGCUGAGACACCUACAGACAUCUACAUCAUGGUUUGGGGAGAACUGAACUCCUAGGUGCCCAUUCUCCUCUUAACCUAAUCAUGGGAGGAGGUUUCCAGUCUCUACACUCCAUCCUUUAGUCACUUUUUAUGAUACACAAGGAAUAUAGAGACUAAGUUUUCUAUACCUCAUGUCUUAUAAGUACCAAGGGCUUAUCAAAAAAAGAGAAGAUAAACACUUCAUACCUACAUUUGUAUUCAUUGUGUCAAGUAGUAAAACAAAAUUAAACUUGUCAACAUCCACAACAAAGUGAUCUGGAUUUAUGUAAGGUUUUUCAUCUGAGAGUAUGGCAUAGGAAGGCUAAGGUUACUUGAAACUAAUUAAGAGGAGAUAAAGCUAGAUGCGGAAACAAACACAAUAUUGGAAAUGAAUUUACAUUAAUAGGAGCAUGGGGGGUGAGAUGUUCCUUGCUCACUCAGACCAAGCAUUGCAACAACCAAUCAAGUGUAUUGGUCUUAUGACGGCUGACUGUUAGCAUAAGUAUCAAAAAUAGUGCAGUAGCAAACAGUGUCCUCUCAUUUUAAUUAAUGUUGGUUCUUUGUGUUUCAAUUAUGCCUGUCAAUCAAACAUUACAUUAAGUGUAAGGAAAUGUCAAAAUGUGUUUUUAAUCAAUUUACAAAAUAUUUCACUUAGUGUCUAGUGUCUGGUAUGUAAUUUUAAUACCUUUUAGAUCAAAUGUUGUGUCUUCUUGGUACAGUCGAGGUCAGAAGUUCAUUAACCUACACUCAUUUCUGCUGUGGCAAACUUUCUCCCUCAGUGUUAUGUCCCAUGAUCUGCUGACAGUCUUGGAAAUCCUGACGAUUGAUAGAUCAGAGGACUUAAGAUUAAGGGAAAACGCUUAACACUGAGAGUGAGUGUGGUAUGUUACGUGACCUAUGACAAUGACUACUCUAUUUUAAUGUUACAAGAUUUUUAUUAAUCAAUUUACAACAUACAGCUUGAAUUCAGUGGAAAAUAAACUUGCAUCAGGGACUGGGAUGUGAUCUAGGGAAGAGAUAUGAUUGUAUGUUAUUAUAAUAAUGGCUUCCACUUCAAACUGGUAGUAAUACUUUUCUGUGCGUGAGGAUUUUGAGUGAAUGGUGAAGGACUGAAUGCCUUGUUUUUAUCACCAUAGCUGUACUCUUCUUGAUGAAUGACAGGUCUUUCCUUCAUCGCACUGCAGGGCAAGGAAGGAGAACUUUAAUUCUCGAGUUGAAAGAGUCUUGGGGAACAAUUUAGUAUGGUUAAUGGAUGGUAUUUUGUAAUCCGUAUUUAUUUUAGACACCGAUUUUUAUCCUGCCGCCAUGAAAAAAAAAAAAUAUUGGUCAUAAUGGUAAUAGGGAGUUUUAUAUUACAUUACUUAUUUAUUUAUUUUAUUUUAUUUAUUAUUUGUUAUUUUUUCCACAUUUUGAUGGUGUUGGACGGAAGUACUUUUGGUGACGGCAAAGUUUAUGGAGAACGUUGAGCGGUCAUUGAUCGGCCGCGUAACUGCGUCAUAUCACUGUAACCUUUAGUACUAAAAUUCUACUCCCUAACAGACUCCUCCUUGCUCACUGGUGGGCAGGAAUUGAUGUUCCGACAAAGAAAAACUGAUUCCUAUUAGUAUAUUGUGCGGACAGAGUAAUAAAGUAAUUAUAUAUAUACAGACAUUUUUGAAUAAUUAAUGUUGCCACUAUUGAUGUCUUUGCGUUUUUAUUUAAAAUGUAUAUACUAAGAAUAAUUUAGACAUGAAUAAAAGCUGAUAAAUCA